UGCACGCGAACUGCGCAGGUGUGCAUCUACCUCCGUCAUGAUGGGAUUCAUCCUGUCUAUCUCGACUGUUGCGUUCGUCUGUCUGACAUCGUCAACCUCCGUUCAUUCACAACUUGAAUAUGACCUAGAAUACGACCUACCUGAUCUCGGAUCAGCAGCUGCUUACAAGCCUGUACUUCGACAAAAAGGUGAAAAGGGUGAUCGAGGCGAGAAAGGGAUGAAAGGUCCGCCAGGAGUUACACCAAUGUUACUCAUGAACUGGAAGCAAUGCACUAAGACUGAGGGCACAGCUAGAUCAAAAGGAUCAUUACUCGGGUGUUUCUUCAAGAAACAUCGUUUCGAUACGUCACUACAUGUGGAAUUUGGAGGGACUCUACGAGCAACCCACCUCGGAUCCGGAUCGAACCUUAACGAAUAUUCCACGUAUUCUAUUUGUGUUCGAUGGUACUUUACAUUUGAUGGAAAAGAAUGUGAACCACCUAUUGAUGGCGUCGUGUUUGAGAGUGAGAGAAGCAAUUCACAUCGUCCACACCAAAUCGGUGGUUUUUGUCAAGCAACAAUGGAAGACACAGCCAUCAAAAGCGGCUGGGUUAACAUUAGAUUUAACAUUGGGGAAUGUCAUCAUGGUAGCCGAAAACUACAAGGUAUUCCUUACCUUGGGUUGGACUCUGUUUCACGAAUAACAAUCACUGAAGUGCCACAACCUCAGCAACCAUAUCCAGGAUUUGAAGAUGGUAUGUGAACUUUUGUGCAACUGAAGACUUUUAUGCUAGUCACAAAUAGCAAGGUGUCGUUGCUUGACGCGUAGAUAGAUGACUGUAUGCCAUUUUCGUUGUGAGACAGUUAUUACACUAAGGACUUAGACAAUGCCUGUUGCUGAUUACUUAGCUAAGCGAAUGUUGUUGCGCGAAUAGAAAAAGCCGUCAAAUCUCA